AUGCUGCGCAUGUACAAGCGCAGCGGCCGCAAGCUGUUCCUGGCCACAAACUCCCUCUGGGACUACACGCACGUGGUUAUGAACUACCUGUGCAGUGGCCGCGUGGGGCGCGAGAAGAACGACGACUGGCUGCAGCUGUUUGACGUCGUGAUCGUCGGAUGCGCCAAGCCGGGGUUCUUCUCUGAGCGCCGCCCCCUGUUUUCGGUGGACCCCGCGGACGGCGCGCUGCGCAACACCGAUGGCGGCGCGCCCAUCAUCCCCAUCGGCUCGGAGGACCUGCCAGCAGAGAACCUGGGCAGCACCGCCAGUGUGUUGGACCUGCAGGAGGGCGACAAGGCCCUGGUGUUCCAGGGUGGCAACUACAUCGACCUGCACAAGAUGCUGGGCGUGUCAAGCGGCACACAGUGCCUGUACAUUGGUGACCACAUCUACGGCGACAUCCUGCGGUCAAAGAAGUCGCUGGGCUGGAGGACCAUGCUGGACUUCCAGCUGUGCAGGCUAUGCACGCUGUUCACAGUGUUCACAAUGAUGAUGCUGUACAUGCCCUGA